CAGUGAGUUGAGAAACCCUGGAUUACCCACAGGAGGCAGCUGCAGUCACACUGGCUGAGAAAGACUGAGGAGCUCUACUGAUCCACUGACCUGCAGGAUGUCCAAAGCCUCCAGGCUGGCCCGGCCCCCAUCGGCAGGGGCCGGAUCCAAGUUGCCCUCCCCCAGGAAGGAAUGCCCUGGCACGGCCGCUGCGGCCGGUCGAGUCCGGGUGCUGAGCGUGGGGGAGAAGCUGAUGAGGGCAGGUAGCGACGGUAUCCUGAACAGGCAGAAGUCUUUAACGGCCGCUGUGCCACAGGACAAAGCACAGAGCGAGGCCCAGACUGAGACGCCGGCCCCCAGCCAAAGUCCAGGUGAGAAGGGCCAAAAUAUGGAGAUGGUCCCUCCCAAGAGCAGGAUCAGCCCACCUAAAGCCUCAACUCAGCCACAAGGCUCUGUCCACAAACAAAACAAAAGCAACCUGAAGGUAACCUCCCCAGAGGAUGCGGAGCACGUAAGCCGCAGACAGGCCUCCCCAAAUGGGACGCCACCUUCGAGAGGAGACGCUAAAGGCAGUCGGACUGUCCCGCGAAGGCACACGUUAGGGGGAGCACGCAGCUCCCGCGAGAUCCUGGCUAUGCAGCCGUCAGACAUGGACAAGAAGAGGGAGGCCUUCCUGGAGCAUCUGAAGCAGAAAUACCCCCAUCAUGCUUCAGCGAUCAUGGGCCACCAGGAACGGCUGCGGGAGCAGUCUUUACAGGGCAUGCUCUCCUCCCUUCACUCUGAACUUGACAUUCAGAGGUACUUGAUGAAAAUCCAAUUGCCCCACAGAAGCAGAAGCCCAAAGCACGGCCCCAGCCCCCAGCCCAGCAUCGGCGACCACAUUGACCACCUCUCCCUGGCCUCCCUAGAGUCACUGGAUGCCAUGUCAGAGGCCGACGCACCUACAGCCUUCACCCGCGGCAGCCGGGUUCGUGCCAGCCUGCCUGUGGUCCGAUCGACCAACCAGACAAAGGACCGAUCACUAGGUGUGCUGUACCUGCAGUACGGGGACGAGACCAAACAGAUCCGCAUGCCUAAUGAGAUCACGAGCAUCGACACGGUCAGAGCUCUGUUUGUUAGUGCCUUCCCGCAGCAGCUCACCAUGAAGAUGUUGGAGUCGCCCAGCGUCGCCGUCUACGUCAAAGACGACAUGAGGAACAUGUACUACGAGCUCACUGACGUCAGGAACAUCACAGACCACUCCUGCCUGAAGGUCUACCACAAAGACCCAGCGCAGGCAUUCAGCCAUGGGCCGAGACCUGCCAACGGCGAUGCCAGGAUGCACAGUGAUGGACAGCACCCUCUGAGACAACCCCCCAUGGGUCCCCCAACACAUCAUCCAAUGCAGGGUACACUCCCCCCAUCCCCCCACUCCAUGCCCCCGUCCCCCUCCAGAAUCCCAUUUGGCCCACGGCAGGGCUCCAUACCUGGCAGCGCCACCAUCCCAAGGGACCGACUGUCUAAUGCCAACCCUCCAGCGCGCUCCAUCUCGCCCUGUCCCAGCGCCAUCCUGGAGAGACGGGACGUCAAGCCAGAUGAGGACAUGGGGGGGAAGAGCCACAGUCUGAGCAGGGGAAAUGAGGGGUUGUAUGCAGAUCCAUACCUGCUCCAGGAGGGACGGAUGAGCAUGGCUACCGCCCAUGGACCGCACCCCAACCCUGGGCUUGAUGGUCCAGAGCAUGGUAUGGGGGGAUUUCACCGUGCCUCCAUCCGCUCCACAGGCUCUUACAGUGGGCCCAGUCCCACAGACACUAUGGAUCACCCCUCUCUGUACAGGCAGAAGUCCAGAAACAGCCAGCUGCCUACUCUGGGCUCCAAGACUCCUCCCCCAUCCCCUCACCGGAUGGCUGAGGUACGGAUGAUUGACAUCCAUGGCGGGCCUCCUCAUGGCGUUCCACCUCAUGGAGUUACCAUGGAGAGAAGCUCACCAGUGCGCCAGUCCUUCAGGAAGGAGGAAGUAACGGGGACCAAGCCUCGGAACAACAUGGGAUCACCUGUGGUUUCAGACCUGCCAGGUCAUCUCCAGGGGCCCAUUCCACCUGCCAAUGACCAUCAGACACGAGAGCGAAUGAAGGCUAUGGAGCAACAGAUUGCCAGCUUGACUGGUCUUGUUCAGCAUGCACUUUUAAAGGGGCCAAACACUAGUGGCACCAAGGAGCCUCUAAGUGAGAGACCACCAAAGACAUCAUCUCCAGCCCACAGCGCACAUAGCUCAGGUGGUUCCCCAGUCUUGGCUCCCAAAAGCAGUGCAGCCCUAUCAGACAAGGGCUCAGUUCCUCUCAAAGUCAACCUCCUGCAGUUCAGGAAGAAUGUUUCUGACCUCAGGAUGCAACUCCAUCAGAUGAGACAGCUGCAGCUCCAGAACCAGGAGGCAUUACGGGUUCAGCUGAAGCGGGCAGAACAGGAAAUCAGUGUUAAACUCGCAGAGGCCAUGCGGCGUCUCGAGGACCCAGUCCAGAGGCAGAGAACUUUGGUAGAAGAGGACAGGCACAAGUACUUGGGACUGGAGGAGCGUGUCCUUACACAACUCGGUGAGCUGGAGCAGUAUGUCGGCUCUCUGCAGAAGGACUCAGCAGCGACACACAGAGUGGUGACCCUGAAGGAUGUGGAAGAGGGAGCGGUGACUCUGAGGAAGGUGGGAGAAUCUCUGGCAGGGCUCAAAGGAGAGUUCCCGGCAUUACAAACCAGGAUGCGGGCCGUGCUCAGGGUGGAAGUGGAAGCCGUCAAGUUUUUGAAGGAGGAGCCUCAUAAACUGGACAGCAUGCUGAAAAGGGUCAAGAGCCUGACUGACACACUCAGCAGUCUGAGAAGACAUGCCACUGAGGGUUCUCAAAGGGGCCCUGAUCCUUCUGCUAAUAUCCCAGUGGAUAACAGCCUUUCAGCAGCCGCAGUAGAGACCCCUGCUGAAGAUCCCCCAAUAUCAGUCCAGCCUACCUCCACCGCAGCCCCACCGGAGCUCCAGAACUCCACCAUCAAAUCAGGGGUGAUGCCUUCCUCCCCAGUGGUCAUCCAUCAUGUCCAGAGCUCCCCAGUCCACAUGCAGCAGUCCCAGCAGUCUGCAGCCCUGACUGCUCAGCCCAGUCCCCCGCUCACCCCCAGCCCCACUCAGGUUCCCUGUCCCAACGCAAGCAAGAGUCAAGGCCGAGAAUCUCCCAAGGGUGCGUCCUCGGAUCCACCAAGUCCCGCUCGUCAUAAGAAGGCACAUGGGAACCCAGUGAAUAAUGGCAACCAGGAUCUUGUCAUAGAGGAGCUGCAGACCAGUCAUGACAAGAGCAAAAACAGAGCUAUGUCCAUAGAGGCAGCAGAGAAGGAGUGGGAAGAGAGAAGGCAGAACAUGGGUCACUACGAUGGAAAAGAGUUUGAGAAGAUCCUCCAAGAAGCCCAGGCCAACAUGAUGAAGGGCAUUCCCAGUCUAGAGGUAGAAGAGAACCCAGCACUGCCACCUGCUGCCAGCGGAGAACAAGCAGACAUCCACAAUCCUGUGGAGGCAACUUCAGAGCCCCAGUCUGAGCCUGACUCUGACAAACCAGCCAAAAAGGGGCCUGAAAAACUUCCCAAGCCUUUGACGGAGAAACCAGCCAAGCCCGCUCUGGAGAGACACUCCAAGACUGCCACCAAGCCAGCGCCCACUGACGGUUUUACCAAGCAUGGGUCUGAAAAGUCCAGCAAGUCUCCACCACCACCACCUCCUCCAAGGAAGACCUACCCCACCUCGAGCUCAGGCAUGACCACCACACGCUCUGGUGAGGUGGUCUACACCAGCAGGAAGGAGUCCGUCUCGGCUCAGGAGGGUGAAGAGGAGGUCCCGCCUCCCACUCCCCAGCCCAAGCCCACCCAGCCCAAGGUUCCACCAGAGACCAAGCCGAAGCCCGCUACUCCUCCCCCUGUUACUGCUUCUGUUACCAGAGAAGAGGAGGAUGAAGGGGACAAGAUCAUGGCAGAGCUCCAGGUUUUCCAGAAGUGCACAGUUAAGGAUGUAGGGGUGAAAAAUUUGGUAGAGCCCACCACUCGAAUUGAACCGCAAAUCAGAGAACUAAGACCAGGGGCCAUGUUGCCCCUCAAAGAGAAAAAGCAGAGCUCAGAGCCCAGUCGAGUGGAUAAAGAUCCAGACACAGAUGAAAAUGGGAAUACUACUAUGCGACAGAGCCAAGGGGUCAUAUACUAUGUGACUGGCCAGAUUCCUAAAGAUCAUCCACCCCCGUCAGGAACGGAGGAAACCCCCGAACACCAAGAGCCCACACAACCUCCAACACAGGUGUCAAAUGUCAAUGUUAAUGACAAUUCUCCAAGCCAGGAACAGCAGCAGCAGCAGCAGCCACAGUCUCCGCCACCCAAAUCUCCCCCACCUAUAUCACCUAAGCCUGCGGGACUGAAUGGAUUAAAACUGCCGAAGAAGCAAGUUAAACGUUCCGAAUCUUUGAAGACCAGGGCAGAAAUGGAGAAGGGAAAAAUCCUCAACAAAAUUAACACUGAAAAGAAAAGUAAAAUCAUCCAGGAGCACGUUUCGUCCAGUAAGAAUAUAAUAUCCAAGCCUAUGGAAACCACGACAACCAGCGUUGUAAAAGAGGUGCCUAAAGGUUCUGUUGCCCCAACUAACAACGCUCCUAGUGAGAACAGUGAUCCACCUAAAUCUAACUGUGCGGAUGAUGAUGAGGGGGCCACUCUUAGUCCCGAUCUACCUGGAGAAGAGGCACCUCCGCCCCCGGACAACAUAGCAUUUAUGAUCACGAACACCAAGGUUCAGGCCCUAUCGUGUGGUGAGUACCAGGAACUUGUCAAUGCCAAGAAAGGAAGUGUGCAGACGGUCACUGUAGGUGGUGCCGCAAACCGUGGGAACGCCACAGCGAGUCCCUCUGUGCCGCAGGAUAAUGGCUUCAACAAGAAGCCCGUCAUCAUCAUUUUUGAUGAGCCCAUGGACAUCCGUUCAGCUUACAAGCGCCUGUCGACCAUAUUUGAAUGUGAGGAGGAACUGGAUAGGAUGCUCGCAGAAGAGCGCAUUGAGGAGGAGAGUGAGGAGUCAGACACAGAGAGGAGUGGUGGGCUGCAGGUAAAAGCUGAAGGGACCGAAACCGUUGAUGGCAAAAAGGUUGGCUCUUCACAGGGCAGUGCUGAUCAUGUCAGCUUAUCAUCCUCAUCUUCGUCUUCAGUAUCUGAACUAACGGACAGUGGAAUAAACUUGGAGUCGAAUGGAGACGCCAAGCAGGACAGUAAGAAGAAGUUCAAGUUUAAGUUCCCUAAGAAACAGUUCGCGGCAUUGACCCAGGCGAUUCGUACGGGCUCCAAGUCAGGCAAGAAGACUCUACAGGUUGUUGUGUAUGAAGACGAGGAGGAAUCCGACGGUACUGUCAGGCAGCACAAAGAAGCAAAGAGAUUUGAGAUUGCGCGUUCAAAAUCUUUAGCGGACACCCAGAAGGCAACAAGCUCGGCCGUGUUAAAGAGGCAGAACUCCGAGUCCCACUGCAGGACAGAUGAGAUCCGGAAGAACACCUACAAGACACUGGACAGCCUGGAGCAGACCAUCAAGCAGCUGGAGACCACUAUUAGUGAGAUGGGACCACGCUCCCCCGAUGAGCCAGUCUCUAUGGAGGAGGCUAAAGCAGGGAAUGGGAAAAGCCCAGAAGGAGUGGGACUGAAGAGGUCUUCCUCUCUCCCUACUUCCAGAGGGUCAGGCCCUAAGGUACCCAGCAAAAGUUCCUUGCAGAAGAAGACUAAACCACAGCUCCUUCCUCGCCCUGUAGUCAUCCCUACUACUACCACCACUACCACCACCUCCACAGCCACUGUCCCCAGUGCCCCCAGCACCAUACAACAGAACACCAGUGUCGCUUCCCCCACUAGUCGGAUGCCCGUCCCUUUGUCUGCGAAGUCCAGGCAGUCGCCGGGUACUACUGACAAAGCAGGAAAACAGCAAAAACUGCAGGACGCUCAGAGGCAGUUCCGACAGGCUAACGGAAGUGCUAAAAGAGUGGGAGGGGAUCAUAAAACUACUUCCCCUACUAUACCCAUCUCUAAAAUCCCUGCUUUUUAUCCUAGCUCUACUAAAGGCAGCUCCCAGUCUGCACAAAACUCAGAUGCUACUAAUCCCAUUAACCCUUCCUCUUCCUCCUCCUCCUCUUUGACAAAGUCCUCCAUCCUGUCCUCUCAUACUCCUCGUUCCGGUUCCCUACCCUCCUCCCACAUCCCCUCCUUGUCUAAUGGAUCCCUCAAACUCCCCACACCCUCACAGCACACAGGUAAAGCUCUCUCGUUCUCCUCGCAGACUCAGAAUGGUCGAGUGCACUCCUCCUCCUCUUCAUUCUCCUCCUCCUCCUCCUCAUCCUCCUCCUCCUCCCCCUCCCCUCUGUCGCCCACACCUUUGGGCCCAGGUGGAAAGAGCAUCCGCACCAUACACACCCCCAGCUUCACCAGCUACAGGUCCCACAACGGCAGCAGCGGCAAAUCCUGCAUCCCAACAUCCACAGCAGCUAAGGACACUACUUAGCCCCAUUAUCGCCCCGCUGGCUUUACUGCAUAGCAGGUAGACUUGGUCAUGUUUUCUUUUAUAUAAUUUUGUUUUGUUGUUUUUUUUUGUUUUGUUUUUUUUUUUCUAUUUUUGAGAGUUUUUGUAAAAGUAUUAUGUGAUGCACUCGCUCGCCCAAUUCAUGUUUUAUUUGACACUGGCAUUCUCACACCGAUGCUUUUAUCUCCUUUUGAGUUGCAUUUUCAAAUUUUGGAUCAUACUUACAUGGAUUUUGAUUCUCUCUUGAAAGUGUAACAGAUGCUCUCGUAAAAGAUUUUACAAUGGAACUAAAAACUAUUUAGUGUUACCACUUUGUAGUUGAAGUGGAAGGCUUUCGUGGUGUUGAAAAUCUAUUUUUCUUGCUGUAGCUAUGAAUAGGGAAUAUAGAGUUGAUGUACAAUCACAAAGUACCAUGUAAAAAUUGUGUUUUAUUUUUCAAACCAGAGAUUGAAUAACCAUAGUAUAUUUAAUCUUCUAUAUUUCUUGUGUUGCCAGAUAUUCAGCAGUCUUGUAAAUGCCUUUUAUGAGUGUAUACAUAAUGUAUACAGACAUUUUAAAGUUGAACUCAUUCUGAAAUUCUGUUUUCUGAGAGUAUUUUCUCAUUUCUCACCCAUAUGAACUGCCAAUUUCUUUUACAGAGAUGUAAAACUAGUAUCAUGAAUAAUACAAGUUUUCAUUUUAGUGUGCCUCUUUGCCAAAGUUGUUUUACAAUGACUCACUUCAAGCCUAACCCAGUCACAAGAUUUUGGGAAAUUUACAUGCACUCUCUUGGUGUGAUGGCUGAAGUGUUGACCACGGUGUAUACACUGCUGGUUGUGUUUUUUUAAGUUAACAUGUAUUGUUGUCUAAAUAUAAACUGUACUAAAAACAAAAGUAAUGAAUCAGUUCUACCAUGUGUACAUAGAUGCUUCUACUAAGGAAAUAAGUAGUUUUGUUAACAUACCAAAGUUUAUUUGUAUGCAUGCCUUUCAAAUACUUUAGGAGAGUGGUGUAAAAGAAGAAUUGUGUUUGCACAGAUAGAUUUUUGUAAAUAUUUGGUUUUCUCCUCCUUUUUGUAAAGCUUUAAAUCAUACUAUAAAGGAGCAAUGUGGUAAAGAUAAAACUGUGUUGGAGUAGCAAAAAUAAAGACUUGCAUGCUUGUAAGGCAUUGAGCUUCAA